CGCGUCUCCACCACGCGCACACACACACACACACGCAGACGCACACACACGCACGGCGCGCACUCGCCGAGCUCUUCUGUGCGCUCGCACAGAGGGAUAAACAGAGGGAGAGAGGGAGACCAUAGGAACGCAGCUCGUGUGUGUGUGCGCAUGUGUGUGUGUGUGUGUGCAGGUACGCUCGCUCGGUGCUGGAAACGCUAGACUGGCGGGGCAGACAUGGAGAGGUUUGGGAAAAACGCCUGGAAGUGACCGAGAAGCGAACCGAAGAGGGUGGCAGGAGAGGAAAAAGGGGGGCAAAGGAAGAAGGGCGGACUGAAAGCUCGGAAAGAAGGAAAGAAGAGGAGGACAGGACAAGUCUGACAGAAGAGUGUGGAGACGGGGUUCCCCAGGAACAGAAGGAUCUUAAGGAGUGAGCCCUGGGCUGGAUGGGACCCACCAUGCCCCCCAGUAAGAAGGCUCAAAGCCCGAGUAGUGGAGCCAGUGCCUCGCAGGGCAUGAGCCCUCCGUACCGACAGGGGGACGCCGCCACGGCAGCAUCAGAGGCCGAGGGAGCUGACCUCUCCCUCUCCGUCUCCGCCUCCUUCUCCAAAGCCGAGGACGAGGAGCUCACCAGCCUCUCCUGGCUCCACGAAAGCACCGACCUCCUCAACAGUUUCAGCCACUCUGGGCUACGUAGCGUCUCCCCACUGCAGGACCCGGACGGUCAGCAAACCCGCUCGCCAUCCUCGUCUCCUUCCUUGGACGACCCUCUGCUCGGGGAUGCACACUCACCAUAUGACUUGACGGCAGGGGCCAAUCGGAAACCUCCGUACUCUUUCAGCUGUUUGAUCUUCAUGGCUAUUGAGGAUGCACCAAACAAGCGGCUGCCGGUGAAGGAUAUCUAUGGCUGGAUUCUGGAGCACUUCCCAUACUUUGCAAACGCCCCCACAGGCUGGAAGAACUCAGUGCGUCACAAUUUGUCACUAAACAAGUGCUUCAAAAAGGUGGACAAAGACCGCAGCCAGAGUAUAGGUAAAGGCUCGCUGUGGUCGAUAGAUCCCGAGUAUAGGCACAACUUGAUUCAGGCGCUGAAGAAGACGCCGUACCACCCCUACUCCACUGGCCUGGCUGCAGCUUCCACUUCCCCGCCCAGCCUUCCACAGGCAUUUUACCACAGCCCUCCGCUGUGGUCGGGGAGUCCCCUUUUUCGAAAGAACGGAGGAGUUCUCCUGCAAGUUCCCCGGGGUGUGAUCCAAAAUGGCGCCCGGGUCAGGAGUCAGGCGCUCUUCCCCGUCAUCAGACCUCUGCCCGUAAGCCCGGUGGGGAGCAGAACCUCGGCCAUCAGAUCAUCCCUGGGAGAUUAUCUAAACCGAGGACAGGACUCUCCUCCGCCGUGCGGCGAGGACCUCCAGGAAGAUCACACUUACAGCACCGCUAAGUCCCCCAGCCGGCUGUGCUCCUCCCAGGUCGCCAGCCCCUCCUCCACGCUGGACGACGACGACAUCAUCGCCGUGGAGAUCCAGUCGGACGUCAAACCGGAGCCCCGUGAGAUCCCCGUAGACGCCCACGUUACCACUGCCGCCGCCACCUGUAUCUCCCAGCAGCCCCCGCGCGGACAGAGACGCAGCAGUAGUAGCUCAGGGGCGGGACCCGGGACCCUGCCGGGCAGCAGUUUGCCCUGGACCAAAACCCGAGCGAGGGGCAUCAGCGACACGCUGCCGCUCAAGAAGCGGCGCGCGGUGGAGAAGCCGCCGGAGAGCGACGACGAGGAGAUGAAGGAGGCGGCGGGGUCGCUGCUCCAUCUGGCGGGGGUCAGAGCCUGCCUCAACAACAUCACAAACCGCACCGCCAAGGGCCAGAAGGAGCAGAAAGAGGCCCUGAGAAACUAAACUCAUGCAAGAUGCACGCACACAUCAGCACAGACGCGCUCACGACAAUAGAUCAACAGGUACCCAGCCAGCACGGCCAAGUGGGCCUCAUUUGGUUUGAAAGUGGGCAGAAAACGUGGGCCCCGAAUGGGUUUGUCCGCAGUUUCUGUGGUGGCCCCACCUGUGUUUGCCCACAAUGGCUUCAGUGGGCACUCAGUGAGCUGGCUUGCAAUACGAGCCAGCCACCCGGGGGACAGUGGAGCUCCUUAGCAUGCUACAGCAGAGCUUGUUAGCGAGUGACAGAUGAGCUUGCUAAUAUGCAACAGCGGAGAUCACUAGCUAGAUACAGAGGAAGUUUCAAGCUUGCUACGGGGAAGUUUGCUAGCUCGGUACAAAGGAGCUCGCUAAAAUGUUACAAUGGAGUUCGCUACAAUUGAGCUAGCUUGCUAGCUGCAGCAAAGCUAGCAAGUUCACUACAGCAGAGCUUGCUAGCUUGCUACAGAUGUGCUUGCUAGCUCACUGCAGAGGAGCUUGCUAGUUUUCAACAGCGGAGCUCGAUAGCUUGCUACAGUGGAAGUUUUUGGCUCACUACAGGGAAAGAUACUAGCUUGAUACAAAAGGAGCUCACUAGCUUAAUACAGAGUAACUCACGAGCAUGUUUCUGUGGAGCUCGCUACAGCGGAGCUUGCUAGCGCACUACAGAUGAACUUGCUAGCUUGUUACAGAGGAGCUUUGUAGCAUGCAACAGUAGAGCUCGCUAGGUUGCAACAGGGGAGGUCGCUAGCUCGAUACAAUGGAGCUCGCUAGCUUGCUACAGAGGAGCUUUCUAGCAUGUUACAGUGGAGCUCGCUACACAUGAGCUCGCUAGCUCUUUACAGAGGAGUUUACUAGCUCAAUGCAGCUGAGCUCACUAGCACGCUACGCUGGCUGGCUAACGUAGUAAUCCUACCCACUGAGUGCUCACUUUAGCCAAUUAGGCCAAACACAAGCUGGGCAACUACAGAAACUAUAGAAAAAACCCAUUUGGGGCCCACAUUUUCUGCCACCUUGAAACCAUAUGGGCUCACUUGGCCUUGCUGGCUGGGUAAUCAGCAUUAGUCUCAAACGACAUCUCCCUCGAUCUAUCUGCAGGGCAUUGGGUUAAUCCUACUUAUUUGUGGCAAUAUCAAAAAUCUAUGUUUUCCUACAUGUUCAACAGCAUCAAUGGGUAUUUCUCAUGUGUCUAUGUUGUUUCUGUUCGAAAAACGGGGAUGAAAGCCAUAAAAAAAACAAAAAAGCGCAUGUUUUUGUCACGAAUUUGGACAAAAAGUCACACCGAGGAUUGGUCGGUCCAAGCGACGUGCCAUGGCGGUUUGUCUUACCUGUUUUCCACACCAAUCUGUAGCAAAUCCUCGCAGGCGACAAAGACGGUGGAGACCCCACGAGCACAAAUGUGAGACUGUGCCAAAGAGAAGCAGACCAGGUUGCUUCAUGUAGCCGACGACAAAAAAACAAAACAAAAAAAAAACACACAAAGGCAUAGAAAGAGCUAGUAAGAGUAACCCAAUGUGAUGUUUAUUCAUGCACUUAAGAUUAUUUUGUGCCACUUAUACUGAAAAAGGGUUUCUUUUCAUAGUAUUUAAGAGGAAAUAUAUUAAAAAUAAUAAAAAAAAACCUCAUGUUUAUCAUCAUAGAGUGUGCCGGGUCUGAGGCAAUAUCUCCUUCAUUUUGUUGUUGUUGUAUUAAUGUUAACGUCCCUGAUACUUCCUCAAUCCAUGGAUAUAGACACCUGGUAAUAAAUGUCCUAGCUGCCAGUAGCUGCCACACCUUCCUCAUCAUUCGACACUGUCAAUAAACUCUGUACAUGA